CGUCACUGCACUUCCGGCAAUGGUGGCUUAUUUUUGUCAGGAGACCAAAGUUCACUUAGGCAUCGAGAUGUACCUAUACGCCGUUUCCAAUUGCGUUACGGUGUUUGUAUAAUAAGAGAGCAUACCUUCAAUUUUAUUUCAGCUAUUGUCAUUGAAUUGUGUUUAAAAUGGCCUCUGACGGACAGGUUUUGUUAACCUCUGGUCAACUUUCCCUGGGAAAAACGCAUUUGUUGGCGAUGUUGGCACUGACGUUCCUAUUGUUCGCUACACAAACCCAAGCCAAGUUUUGCACCUCUCUCAAGGUAUUGAAGAAGGAUGUCAACCAGUAUGGCCAAACCCUCUGCACUGAGUCCUACCAGUCAAGAUGUGGCUGGUUCACAUUCAAGAUGUGCACAUUUUACGAGAAGAUCCCAUGCACAAAGGAGCGGAAUGACACAAAGGUCAAGUUCAAGAUUGUAACAGAGUGUUGUAAAGGCUACAAGUACGAUGACAACAACAUAACAUGCAUCCGUAAUGAGACGGAGGAUGGCACUGCAGGUGUUACCAUUAACACAAAUAAUGAUCAAAUGAAUGUAUCUCAAGCUGAAGACCUUACAACAAGAGCUGAAGAACUUACAACAAAAGGGGACCCCGAGGCAGCAAGGACUAUUCAAGACCCAGAUGACGAUGACGGUAUCAACAUUUCCCAUGGUGCUUUUGCUGCCAUUGCCUGCGCGUGUCUUUUCAUCAUUUGUGUGACAGUUGUCAUCGUCAUCCAUGUCAGGAAGAAAUACUAUGUGCUGAAUGUAACACAGGAGGAAAUAAGAAAGUCUGUAAGCGUAGUGUCUGAUCCCUUCCUUGAUACUCAUUUACAUAACGGCACAGGUGAUGUGCAACUGAAGGAAGAGAAGGAGAAGGAGGCGGCCAAGUCCCCCCUGGAACUGGAGAAGAUGGUGCAGGCCUAACUUCAGAGGCAAGGAAGAGGAGUGGUCUGAAGCUGGCAGGAGACAUGAAUGUCCUUAUGGUGAUGGCAUAGACUUGACAAGGAUGCCGAUGUUUGGCAGUGGAUUUUGGAAUUGGUAUUUGCGAAAGAUGUCUUGUUUUUGAGCUGAUUCUGUGGAUCUAGUCGCAAGGAAUGCAAUAUGAUGAGUCGGUGAUUAUUCAGUGAUUUUUGCUGAUUUGCAGCCGUCUACAUGACGUCAGGAGGGUGCCAGCUAGGUGGAGAUCCAGCACCACUGGUCAUGUUGCAAAAGAAAAUUAUGAUAUUACAAAUUCAGUGAUUGUUUGUUGGAAUGAAUUGACCUUUUGAUGUCUAUGUUGGGAGGCUACGAAUUACGAAUACCAUAUCAAGCUAUAUCAUAUUUUUGGGCAUCAUUGAAAAGAAUUCAGAAGGGAAAAAGGCCAGACUCUAUAAACCAUUCCCGUCUAUUCAUACCAUCUAUUAAUUCCUUGUCAGUAACUAUGAGAUGAAGACAUCUAAUUGUCAGAUGGGAAGACAUAUAAAAUAUAAAUGUGUAAUAAAUAGCCUCCGUCUCUGGACUCACCAAACAAGUAAUCUAUAUGUUUUGGCCCAUAUUUAUUUCCGUUUUUCUUCAACAUGUUCAAUCUUCAAAUAUCAGAAUAACCCUGAAAUUCAUUAUAUUUCUAAUCUUGAAAAUAAUUGAAAUUUUCAAGGAAACUUCAAAUUUGUGUGAGAGUGCAGUCAAGUAUUGGACUUGGAAUACUCAUGCACAGAUGCUUGUUGUAGCACACGACACACGGUGUCAUACUUCCCAGUGUCUACAGCAGGUCAUGUGUGGUAACUGUACAUAUUAUUUAUAAAGGAGCACAUUCCAUAGACACAGUGCAAUGUCAGAUUUCUGUCAGAUAUCUUUUCUUCAUUGUUUGGUUUAUAGAUUUUUUACUAUAUCCAGUUAGCACGGGUCUGUUGAAAUAAAAAUAACAGUAUCUUUGUGUAGUUCAAUAUGUAUGUUUUUUUGGUUUGCAAUGACAUUGUUCCGAUCAGUCAGUUCGGGCCACACAGUUUUUGUUUUUCGUUUCACGGCCCACCGCCCCUACUGAAAAGCAGCUGGAAAAAAAAAAUAUUAAACUUAAAAAUAUUUAUUUUUGUUAUGUCUCCCACUAGUUAUAUAGACCCUCUUAUACAACAUAAAGUGUUAUUUUUAAAUUCCAUGUCUACAUCACUAUCAGUGAUUCAUGAAGCCAUGGCAGAAUGACUUUAAUAUAAAUGAAUGAUUGACAUAGGUAUUUAUUUUUAUUUUAAUUUCGACCGACCUUGUGUGGAAAAACUGAAAAUAAUCUGUGAAACAUACAAUUAAAAGAAUUUGGCCUAUGUUAGAAAAAAUGUAAUCUCUUUGUAUGUGCAGAAUGCUUUGUAUUCUCACAGAACAUGUGUAUAUACUACUCAACUGUUGAUAGGGACACUCACAUGUCAUUCUAUUUAGAUAUACUCUUGACAUGAGAAUCAGUUGUGUGUAUCAUGGACAGAUAAAUAUCUCUAUCUGAAGUGGAGUAGUGUAUUUACUUCUGAGAAGGCUGAGUGUCUCUCUUAAGGCCAGGCUUUUUUAUUUUUAGGAUUAUGGAUGUUUCUGCCCAAAGUCCAGGAUUGUUUUAAUGCAGAAUGCCUCUGGAAUACUUUAUGAACAUUUUCUGUGCUCAAAAGACCGCCAUUUGUGACGAUAAAGCCCCUUGUAACAAUAAAAAUUCUACCACUUACAACACGGACAAUUGUCAAGGGAGGCUAUUCAUGUUCGGCUUCGAGAUCAACAAAGAUCAAUUAUGUAUUUCUUUACUAGUUUACAACGGUAAAUUCAUAUGUUUUUUUAUUAAAAAGUGAUGAUAACAAAUAAAAUAACUGACUACGUUGCUAUCGUCGGGAAAAUAAUAAUAAUGGAAAUCUGAUUUAUUUAUUUUUUACAUUUUCUCAAAAAUUAGAGUUGGCAGGGUCGUAAUCCGAAAAAUAUAAAACGCCUGGCCUAAGGUUGUUGGCUGGUAUGGUUUUGCUUUCACUGCAGAACAGAUGUUAAACUUGUAGUACUUUCAACGGCAUUUUUUUAGUCAGGUUAAUGCCAAGAGAUGAAGUCGAGAAUAACAGACUGAAAGUUAAUUUGUCAAAUGUGCUGUGUAAUAUACAACACAAAAAGUGAGUCACACCCAUUUUACAACAUGUCGCAUGUUGCUUAUGGCAAUAGUGAAUGAGAGUAAGCACAAUUGUUUAUACUUUGACGUGACUGCAUUGUAACCUUGUUGCAUGACGUGAUGACACUGUAUGACGUUAUCAAUGGAAUGUCACUGCACAUUAAUAAUUUAGAGAAGUAUGUAACCGGUAAAUGCCUACAUUUUCAUAGAUUUCAAAAAUGUGUUAUCUAGCAUAGACGUUAUUGUUUCCUUAUUGAUGUUAAUGUAACUGUGAGUGUUUGCCCAUAUGUCUCUAUUGCAAAGUAUGAAUGUGGGUGGUAGUUUUACAUGUAGGCCUUGCACUGCAAAAUGCACAGCAAAAUGCACACCAAUCUCUUCUUUCUUUAUUUGGACAUUUAGAUUAAAUAGCUAAGAUAAUGCUAAUACCUGUCUUCGAAAAGGUAAAUACUCUUAAUACAGACCAGCGAACAAGAUGAUUGCAGUGACUGGGGCAGUGCCUUUGAUCAGAUAUUAAAAUGUCAAUGGUGGCUUUCAUUUUGUAUGUAGUUGUGUUUAUAUUUAAAUCCUUUGAUGAUAGAGCAAUCAAGUGAAAGAAAAAUUCAAACUGUUUAUAUUUCAUUCCAUGAUUGAGGCCUUUGACUCUGGUCACUUGAACCUAUUAGCCAAAAAGUUGAUAAUUUUAGCAGUUUUAACUCACUCACUAUAGAAGCAUUUGUGUCUAGUAUACAAGGGUUAAUUUCUAGAAAAAAAACCAAUCAUAAAAAUCAGAACAUUUUUUCCAAUACUUCUCUGCAUGAAGACCUGGGUACCCUCAUAGAAGGUUGAAUCAGGUGAACUUUCUGAACAGCCAAUCAACGUCGAGGCUUCUGAAUUCUUGACGUGAGUGAGCAAAGAAUUCAAACCAGCUCUGAUUUCUGUAUUUUGAAAAUGAACUAAACUGGCAAGUUCUUAAAAUGGAAAGUAUAGCGGUGUCAUUAUAUUGUAGACGUUAUCCUGUUGUCUCUGGGGGGCACGGGUGGCCCAGUAGUCUAAGGCGCCGCGAUUCGCUGUGCAGAGUUGCGUCCCUUAGGCACGCCAGAAACCUAUGAUUGUGGGUUUGAAUCCCGGUUCGCCCCGAUUAUGUUUCUA